CUCCAAGGGUGAUGGUUCGCAGCCACAGCACCGCGUUUUCCAAUCGCUCUUCCGCAUCACCCUCUCAAAAAUACUCUACCUACAUUGGCCAUAUUGUGUCUCUCGGACCUGAGCACCAAUAUGAGUUUCCACGAAUCCGCCCAAAACAUCCGCGUCGAAGAUGGCCACCGCCUCGUCGCCGAGCUCCAAAACGAAGAGGGUGACUGGGUUCAUGCUGAGAUCAACCUCGACGAGAUCCUGGGAAACGACAACGGCCACUUCCAAUGGGGCGGCGAGAAUUUCAGCCACAGUGCCGAGCGUACAUUCUUUGAUAUCGAGGGCGACGCGAGCGUGCCUAUUCUGCGCGCUGGAUUGCGGAACGAGGAAGGCGAAGUGACUGGUGCAGAUGUGAAUUUGUCUGAGCGCAUUGGGAAUGACAAUGGGUCUUUUGUGUUUGUUUAAUAUGGUGGUUUCUGUCCCCUCCGGUCGGUCUCAGGGGCGACUAUGUUAGAGAGUUGGAGGAUGUUGCAUUUACCCGGCGUAUCAAAUCGUGCUGGCUUUCUCGAUUUAAUAGCAUGCCUUGUUAUAUCCAAAGUGGAUUAUAGUAAUCGUUCCACGGAAGGUGAUGCUAACCAUGGCAUCGCCAUAGAUCUAUCUUCGGCAGGACAAUGUCAGGUACAUCAGAAAUAUCACAAGGUUAACACCCAGGGUAAUACUGCGCUUGGAGGGC